AUGAACACACAAGCUCAUAAACCCCUCUCAAUCCGCCAUCUGUUGACCAAAAACGAGCACCAAGCUCGCCACUCGCCACCUCUCUUCCGAUUUCUACGUGAAUGUCGGUAUUCGUAUCCCACUCUGCAAUAACUUCUCCUCGCACUCUCUGUUCUUCUUCGAGGACCUUCAGUUUCGUUCGCUUUCUCUCUAUCCAGUUCGUUCAUCGUUCUCGCUUUAUCGUCGCUUCUAACAUCUCGGAUUUCCACUCAAUCAUGCCGCGUAAUCAGAAAAGAGGUGGUCGACCAGACCAAAGUUGGAUUCAGAAGCCAAGCAAUAGCAAAACGGAUGGGAGGUCUGAUGCUGCAGAAGUUAAGUCUGCAGCUUCUACUGAAGCUAUCACCAAUGGAAUUAAUAGGCUUGCUAUUGCUGAAAACAGUGCACGAUCCUCUGUUCCUGUUCCACAGUUUGGGAGUAUCACAGUGGAUGAUGUAGCAGUAGCACCUCCUCAUGGUCAAAGCAAUGGACAGUCGUCCCAUGUUUCAGUUGGAUGUUCUCCAGUAAUAAAUGCCAACUCUUUACAUGGUAAAAAAUAUGUCUACCAACCAAAGUCUUAUGGGACAGUUUCUGGUGAUGCUGCAAAAGAAACUACCAGACAGGAAACUGCAGCUCAAACUGCUGCUUUGAGCCGUUUGUUUAAAAAAGAUUUGUUGGAAAAUUUUAAUGUAGAUAACUCGACUUACUCCACUGCCAAAAUCAGAGCAACAUUCUAUCCCAAAUUUGAAAAUGAGAAGUCUGAUCAAGAGGUUAGGAUAAGGAUGAUUGAAAUGGUCUCAAAAGGCCUAGCUACAGUGGAGGUUUCACUAAAACACUCUGGAUCUCUUUUUAUGUAUGCUGGCCAUGAGGGUGGAGCGUAUGCAAAGAACAGCUUUGGGAAUGUUUAUACUGCAGUUGGAGUUUUUGUUCUUGGAAGAAUAUUUCGCAAGGCAUGGGGGACAGAAGCCAGCAAAAAGCAAGCAGAAUUCAAUGAAUUCCUUGAGCAAGAACACAUGAGCAUAUCAAUGGAGUUGGUGACUGCUGUUCUAGGAGACCAUGGACAACGACCUCGUGAAGAUUAUGUUGUUGUGACAGCUGUCACUGAAUUGGGCAAUGGGAAGCCAAAGUUCUACUCCACUCCAGAGAUUAUUGCAUUUUGCAGAAAAUGGCGUUUACCUACAAAUCAUAUUUGGUUGUUUUCCACAAGGCACUCUGUAACAUCAUUUUUUGCUUCUUACGAUGCUCUAUGCGAGGAAGGCACAGCUACAUCUGUAUGUAAAGCUCUUGAUGAGGUGGCAGAUAUCUCUGUGCCAGGAUCAAUAGACCACAUAAAGGUGCAGGGUGAGAUUUUGGAGGGUCUUGUUGCACGUAUUGUAAGCCAUGAGAGCACCAAACAAAUGGAGCUGGUUUUACAAGAUUACCCUUCACCAAUAGAGGAAGUUGAUCAAGAUUUGGGACCAGGUCUACGGGAAAUAUGUGCUGAAAAUAGAUCUGAUGAGAAACAACAAAUAAAGGCACUUCUUGAAAAUGUUGGGAAAUCUUUUUGUCCAAAUUAUGUGGAUUGGUUUGGAUUUGAAGCUGCUGAUAUACCUCCAAGAAAUGCUGAUAAAUCAGUUGUUUCCAAAUUUCUACAAACAAAUCCUUCUGAUCAUACUACCUUUAAAUUAAAGGAAAUGGUCAGAUUGAUGAAAGAAAAACGUUUUCCUGCUGCUUUCAAGUGUUACUAUAAUUUCCACAAAAUUAAUUCAAUAUCUAGUGAUAAUCUUCAUUAUAAAAUGGUGAUCCAUGUGCAUAGUGAUUCAACCUUCAGGAGAUACCAAAAAGAGAUGAGAUUCAAGCCAGAUUUAUGGCCACUAUAUCGAGGUUUUUUUGUUGAAAUUAAUCUGUUCAAGGCAAGUAAAGAGAAAUGCGCAGAGAUUUCCAAAAAUACCCCCGACAUUGGAAAAUAUUACAAAGAUGGCGAUGAAACAUCUACAAAAAACAGUUUAGCAGAUGAAGAUGCAAAUCUAAUGAUCAAGCUGAAAUUUCUUACAUAUAAGCUGCGAACUUUCUUGAUUCGCAACGGGUUGUCGAUUCUUUUCAAAGAAGGUCCAGCUGCCUAUAAAACCUACUACCUCAGGCAAAUGAAGAUAUGGAACACUUCACCAGGAAAGCAGAGACAACUCAGUAAGAUGUUGGAUGAAUGGGCAGUGUACAUAAGAAGGAAACACGGGAACAAACAGCUUUCAUCAUCAAUCUACUUGAGUGAAGCUGAGCCUUUUCUUGAACAAUAUGCAAAAAGAAGUCCAGAAAAUCAAGCUUUGAUAGGGUGUGCUGGAGAUUUAGUAAGAAGUGAAGAUUUUUUGGCCAUUGUUGAUGGAGGUAGAGAUGAAGAAGAAGAAGGUGAUUUGGAGAGUGAGAAGGUUCUAGAAGCUUCUAGUCCAAAACCAGAUGCUGUACAUAAAAAGGAAGGUCUUAUAAUAUUCUUUCCUGGAAUACCUGGUUGUGCUAAAUCUGCACUCUGUAAGGAAAUCUUAAGUGGCUCAGAAGGGAAAUAUUGGCAAAGAGUUGCGGAUGAGAGACGAAAGAAACCAUAUUCUAUUGUCCUUGCUGACAAAAAUGCCCCUAAUGAAGAAGUAUGGAGGCAGAUUGAGGACAUGUGUCGUACCACUAAAGCAUCUGCUAUACCAAUUGUUCCAGAUUCUGAAGGAAGUGAAUCAAAUCCAUUUUCUCUAGAUGCAUUAGCAGUUUUCAUAUAUCGUGUAGUCAACCGAGUCAAUCACCCUGGAAAUCUCGAUAAAUCGUCUCCAAAUGUUGGAUACGUGUUGCUAAUGUUCUAUCACCUAUAUGAUGGAAAGAAUCGUAGAGAAUUUGAAAGUGAACUUAUAGAGCGUUUUGGAUCCCUUGUAAAGAUGCCUCUAUUGAAAUCUGAAAGGGGCCCACUACCUGAUUCAGUGAAGACAAUAUUGGAAGAGGGAAUUAAUCUAUACAGGCUGCAUACUAAUAGGCACGGGAGAUUAGAGUCCACUAAAGGGACAUACAUAAGGGAGUGGGUUACAUGGGAAAAGCAACUUCGUGAGGUUUUAUUUCAAAAUGCUGAGUAUUUGACAUCUAUUCAGGUUCCAUUUGAAUUUGCUGUUAAUCAUGUGAAAGAAGAGCUGAAAAAAAUCACAAAAGGAGAAUACGAAACACCAUCAACCGAAAAAAGGAAAUUUGGAACCAUAGUUUUUGCUGCCAUUGAUGUUCCUGUUGCAGACGUUCAUAAUCUCCUUUCAAAUAUGGCUGAGAAGGAGCCAAAAGUGAAAGCAUUUUUGGAGAAGAACAUGGAAGAGAAGCUAAAGAAGGCACACAUAACCCUGGCCCACAAAAGAAGCCACGGUGUAACCGUGGUUGCAAACUAUGGUCAAUUUGUGAACCAAAAGGUCCCUGUGGAUGUGAAUGCGGUUUUCUUUUCAGAUAAAUUAGCAGCAUUGGAAGUCAACCCUGGGUCAAUUGAUGGUCAAAAGAUUAACUGUAAAAACGAGUGGCCUCAUUUGACUUUAUGGACAGCUGAAGGCAUUCAGCCCAAAGAAGCCAAUAAUUUGCCUCAGUUGUUUUUGGAGGGAAAAGCUACUCGUGUUGAGAUCAACCCACCUUUUAGUAUCAUUGGGGUUUUGCAAUUCCAUUGAUUUGAGGUUUUUCUUCAAAUUCACAAUUUUGUUAGGUGGUUUGAGAGAUGAAAGUUGAGUUGUUUAGGGUUUAUGUAGAUGGUUUUUACCAUAAUAGAUUAUACAAAUAGACACGUGAUCGAAUAAUGUAAUGUAACGCUAGUGACUAGUUUAUUUUAUCAAGGUUUUAAUGAUUUAGUUUUCCAUCACCAAUUAUCAAUUAUCAAAUA